GAUUCACCUGGAGCAUUGAGAAAGAAAGAGAUAGAAAGAGAUCAAGUGCACUGACAGAUUGCAAUAAGUAGUAAAUAAGUGACAGAAAAUUAAGUCACUCUCGGAAAGGGGAUAUUCUCAAAUGUAAUCAAUUAAGCGCGAUGUCUUGUCAAAUUAAAGGAAUAGCAAACAUACCGGACAUAAGCAAGAUUAAAAAAUUACUUUAUGGUGAUGCUAUUAGCAAGUUCGACUAUGUACCGAGCAAUGAAUUACCUUUACAAGAUUGUCAUGUGUCCUUGUCAUCGGUUGGAGAUGUGCUUGUCAUGGCAUGGAAUACAAAAAUGAUAAUAUUUGGCUCAAGAUGGGAUUCACAAGAAUUAGAUGAAGUGAAAAAUAAGUUUCAUGUAACAUGGCAUGGGGAAGUAGUAAAAGAACAAAAUUAUUCCAGUGAAUGGAUCACAUCAGUGGUCUGCUUACCUUUAAUAUCUUUGGGAAAAGCUAGUGGUCCAGACUGGACAUGUAUAGCUGUUGGAUACAAUACAGGUUUUAUUAGAUUCUAUACUGAAACAGGUGCAAUGCUUCUGGGAGAACAGAUACACAAUGAGUCAAUUUUAGGAAUAAAAUGUCAAUCGUUCUGUUCAGUGAAACAUGGAGAUGCUAACUAUAAUGAGGAGAUUUAUAUUUUGUACAACAGCGGUGUUUGCAUAUUACAAGGAUUUCCUUUGUUCUCAACUUUACGUGCCUGCAGAAACCAUUUAGCUAGAAUUCAAGCAAUGUGCGACGAUUUGCCGCCGGUUACGAAUCUAUCGUAUAAGAAAUGGGCAUUUAAAAACCAAGACAUUUCAAACGAUUCAGAAGUAAUUGGCACCACGUCGAUAAACAGUUUCGAUCACUUAAUGACUGCUUCGAUUUGUGGCGGGUACAACGCGACGUACAGAUCCAGCGCGCCACAACACAAUCUAGUACUCGCCACAGGAAAACGGCCAUUCGUAGGAUUCCACUAUACGCUCGAAGGGGGCAACGCACCCGUAUUAUCGGACGUCGCCAUUGCGAUGGCUAGUAAAUUAGCCAGCGCUAUCGGCACGGCGGUACCAUGGUUUCGCGGCGGCUCGAAGAAUGCAGCACCUGAAGCACCAAAGAGUAACAUUCAUGAGUCCAUAGAAGCGAUGACUUGUCGGUUUGGCUUGAGUGACAUCAUGAGAGAGGGUGACUGCAUUACUUGCAGCCCGAACAAAAUGUUAUCGGUGAUAUCGGAUGCUAUGGGCAGAGUGAUACUUAUCAACAACAAGAAGGGCAUAGCUGUGAGAAUGUGGAAAGGGUAUCGCGACGCUCAGUGCGGCUGGAUCGAAGUUAACGAGGAAAGAGAUCGCGGAAUUCACAAGAAUAUCAAUAGAUUCGCGCAGAAAACUUUAUUACGCACCACCAUGUUCCUCGUCAUUUACGCUCCGAAGAAAGGCGUGAUAGACAUUUGGAGUAUACAACAGGGCCCGAAGAUCACUACUUUUACCGCUAGUAAAAACGGACGAUUAUUGUACAUAAAUUAUGGUUUCCUGGGCAUGAAUGAUAACGCCACUGUGUCCAAAAAUAAAGCACAAUAUUCAUGUGUGUUUAUGGAUCCAUUGGGUGGAUUAAAAGAAAUUUCUGUUCCAUUUCACUUUGCGCUCAAUAGUAAGAAUGGGAAACGAGCGCGCGAUAUUCAUUUGCUCAGAAAACUGAGAACAUUCUUGAGAGAAGAGGAAUUCGAUGAGGAGAAGUUAGUUUCCGAGGUGACCAACACCUGUUUGGAGUUGAAGACAAGUGAAAUUAGGAUACAGACAAUAGAAGUUUUAAUGAACAGCAAACACAUUUUGCCAAAUGCUUUGCUCGCUGCGACAAACUGUUUUGCAACAAAGUUACAGGAGGAGGAAGAAGAAGAAGAAAAACUGGAACUUACUGCCAAGAUGCUCCGUCAGUUAACAACGCAAUUACAGCGAAUGAUUACGUUUUAUAAAUAUGUUAAGUCUCAACUCGAUACCGCACCCGAAUAUGACAUUGUGACUGCCGGUGGUGCACUGAACGCCAAAAAUUUGUCCUCGACAUUGUUAACUUCAGAACGGGAAGUACACCGUAUCAUUAAACUGGCCAAGACGUUGAAUAGCUUUGAGGAUGCAAACAUUUCAGCAGAAGCCAAGGUCAAAUUUAGAGAGGACGAAAAGGCAUUUUUCGACUUUCUGUCGUGUUUUGAAUUCGGCACUUCAAAAUUAAUUGGUCUACGGAAGGAUUUAAAGGAGGAAAAGAUACACGAGAUCGCUCGUCUAAUACAUCAAGGAUGGAUGUAUUCCAACGAUGUGAAGGAAAAAUGGCAACAAGCUGCUAGAGACAGUAACAUUCAGUCGUUCAUUUUUAUGCAGUUGGCAUUGAUUUAUUGGACGCGUAAAAAGGAAGUCAUGAUUUCCGAAGUAGAGCUGAAACGUUUCACACAACUUCUACAUGUUAUUUGCCUGUUAACCGAUGUGGAAGAGAUAUGUGUCGAAUACAACGAGACCUCUCUGUGGUGGAAGAAUGUGCGUACAAUCCUCACAGAGUCUACGAAACCUUUUAAUGCACUCACCGCUGCAUUGGUAUGCAGAGCAAUCGCUGUGAUUAUGGAGAGGUAUAAAGAGAGAUUGCAAAAUCAAAAGUCCCUGGGAGCUGACGAAGGAGAGGAUAUUAAGAAUGGCAAUAAUAUGACCAAAAUGGAUGAAAUGGAGAGUAAAGCGAAUGAUAUUACACCAGACGACGAGACGUACAGCUCAAAUAGCGAAUGGGAAAACGUUAGUAAGGAUACUUGUCAAUUCACACUGUUAAUCGGAAAUCUUGAAGAUAUUACAGUUCUGAAUGCUGUUGUUAGUCAGCAGUUCAUAUCAGAUCAAACAACGCAAUUCUUCGCUUUACCCUUUACAAAAUGUGACGUUUCACUGUCAUUGAUUCUUUCCAAAGGCAAAGGCUCCGUGUCUGAGCUGGUCGCGAAGUGGCUCAGUACAACGGGUAUCGAUCCGAUACGGUUGAUUGACACAACUGAUGUGGAAUUCGAUCAGCUGCAAUUAUCGGUGGACUCGUUGCAAUUGAAUGACGCGCUGGAUGAAGCGUCUGCCGUCGACGUACCUCAACAAGAACAGACGAAGCUUCUUUCGCUAUCAGUAGAGAUCGGAGAUGAGGCGAAGGUUGAUACGACCGUGGAAGCGCGCAUCUUAGACAAAAUGGUUCUGCUCAAGCGUCACUUCCCAUACAGCUUAACGAGUAGCGUCUUGUUGGCCAAUCUAUGCUGGGAGUUCGUGAUGUCGUGGAACAAAGAUGUAUCUCAGUUAGAAUCUCUCGCGGCUGCCUUGGCUGUUUUGCGACAGAUACCCAUGAAGCACAUGCGACAUGGCGUUUGCUGUCUGCUAUGGACACUGCACAUAAAGAAACGCAUGGAGGCAGUGGCGAAAUUGAUGAACAAACUCGGAAAAUUACCUAAGGAAAGAUUGUGUAUGCAGGAUAUCGGUCUAUCGGAUAUUCAAGUGACAACAUUCCUACAGCAUUGCAUCACUUUCCUGGAUAUAUUCCUUGAUGCUGAAAUACUUGAGCGAGGAGAUAGCACAGCGAUCAAGUCGGAAGAAUUGUGGGAGGGACAUCCCGGCGGACCGCAACCGUUCGCCACAUUGGCCAUCUCUCAAACACCAGCCUGGUACGAGUUGGUUUUAUUACACGUUCAAGUGGCUAACGUCUUAUACAUGAUGGCGUGUCUUAAUGUGAAGAUGCUGAGACCGUUGAAUAACUUAUUCGAGUCCGUGGUACAGCCCUAUUUCUUUCAAGACAUCACAGACAAAGCGAUGCUCACGUGGUAUCGGGACGACAAGAGGGACAAUACGCGCACGGAGUUCUUAUGUAAAGCGAUCACAGCGUCGAUGGAGUUCAUUCAUCGAGAGACCAGCGACGGUACGACGGUUAGCUCCACUCAGGCUAUCUCAUGGAUGAGCAAGUGUCAGACACUGGCGUCCAUCUGGAAGAUUAACAACGACGAGUUGAGAAUACAUCAGGUCUGUCAGUUGUACAUAAACGGCUUCGAUCGUUUGGCGGAAGAGAUAAUGACGACGGUGGGCGAUGUCGAGCGCCUGAGUGCGAGUCUAUUGCCUAUCGCUGGAAGAAGAAUGAUGGCGUAUCUGUCGAGAACGCCUAAUCUUCUGGAGGAGGUCUCACGGAUAAGCCCAGCGCUCACGAGAUACCUAGAAAGUCUGAAUAUGUCUGAGAUAAUCUUCACCAAUUGCUCGAACGGCGACACCGUGGAACUGAUUCGCCGAGUGUCCGUUCAUUUGCCUAAAACUCACUGUGAUUACCAUCUUGCGGAAUUGAUGUUGGACGCGACGUUUAUUUACCAGGACAAUCGUUAGAUCCUGACUCUUCUACGCGCUAUACGUCCUAUGACAGCGUGAAACUACCGCGCACGAGGAUUUCACGAAGCAACGUGUAUAUAGUGAUACAACGAAGUGAGAAAAAAAUUGCCUGAGUAAAAUUCCGUGACUCUGAGAUAACGCGUCUCCCAAUAAGGAGAAACACCGUAUGCACUGAGAAAAAAAUACUUGAAACUUUAUUCGUGGGCUAAAAGUUUAUCUCACAAAAAUAAACUUUAUAUCUCGCAAAUAAAUUUUCAAGUAUUUUUUUCUCAAUGUGCCGUUCUUGUGCAUAGUAAUAAGAAAAUUAGUUAGAAUGAAGUUCCAAAGUCGCGAAUGACUUAAUUACGCUACGAGCGAUGAUCCUGACACAGCAUUUGUCGUUUCCUAGUCGCGCCUCGGCUCGAAGGAACCGAAUGUACAUGUGUAUAUACGUAAUAUUGUGCGUUGGUGCUGCUAUAUCACAGGACAAUGCAAUCGUUCUCGUUUUAGGGCUCAAGACGCAAUUAUCCAACGUUUUCGUGAGAAUUGCCACGUGUUUCUCGAUUUUCCAAGAAUAUGGUAGCGUUGAGUUUGCGAACCAGACGAAAGAGAUAUUCCAAUUAUUAUUGUAUAUCUGUAAUCAAAUGUAACAUUUCGUUUGGGCGCGCGUUAUUGCGCGAAAGAAUGGCCAUCUUUAACUUAAAUGUAAUUUAUUAAAAGUAUGUUAUUAAAUAUUA